AUGAAAAUUGACUCCGCCGAACAGGCCCGUUUUGAGGCUGAAAUUGCUUCUAGCUCGCCUAAUAUGGCUGCAAUUGAGGAGUUCCGUCGCAAAGAGGAUGCCUAUUUCGCUCGUGUAUCUGAGCUGAAUCGAAUCAGCGAUCUUGUUACCGACCAGCGUCGCCAGUAUGAUUCGGCAAAAAAGCAAAGGGUUGCUGAAUUUAUGAGUGGUUUUCAUGCCAUCACCACCUCUCUGAAGGAGAUGUAUCAGAUGAUAACUCAAGGUGGUGAUGCUGAACUCGAGCUGAUUGAUUCACUUGACCCCUUCUCUGAGGGCAUUGUUUUUAGCGUCCGUCCGCCGAAAAAGUCUUGGAAAAAUAUCUGCAAUUUGUCAGGUGGAGAGAAAACCCUCUCUAGUCUGGCAUUGGUCUUUGCACUUCAUCACUACAAGCCUACACCACUCUACGUAAUGGAUGAAAUCGACGCGGCAUUAGAUUUUAAGAAUGUCUCGAUUAUCGGAAACUAUCUUCGCGAGCGUACACAGAACGCUCAGUUCAUAAUUAUCUCGCUGCGCAGCAACAUGUUUGAGCUGGCCGAUCGACUUGUGGGCAUCUACAAGACACAUAACAUCACUAAAACCGUCACACUUGAUCCCGGUCCUCUAAAUGAGAAGCUUAACCGUGUUUUAACCAACAUUGCUAGUUUUCGGACUGAAGCCACCAUUCGCUCCACGAAAACUACAAGCGGAAAAGAGUAA